AGCCUCUUAAUCGUCUUGAUUGUUCUGGAAUUAGCAACGUCAUCGUAACAUUAAAUAUGUCGUGUCGUCGACCAGCAAGAUAAUCAUAACGCGAGUAACUACACAUUCCCAACUCUUCAACCUAUAUGGAACGAAUAAUGGCGAGAACCUAUCGCUUUAAACAGUGGCUAUGUCGACCUGUGCAAACAAACUAAGCUGCGCCGCAGUAACGGUUAAUGCCGAUCCUGACAUCGCUGGAACUGGGGUCAUUCUCGCUUUCUUGAUUUCUGCUUGGUCUAGCCUCGUAAUUAUCACCGUUGAAUAUUUCUCUCUCCAUGGGGACGACGUUAACUUCAAUUCGAAUGCACUCGAUGAAUUGUUAAAAGGGUAUAUCUGGAAGUUAACAAAACGCUUUAGCAAACCGUGGACCCUAGGAGAGGUCCAGCCAGCUAUUUUGUUGGUCAGCGACCAACAACUAAUCACUGGUAUUGCGAUCCUAACCGUGGGGUAUAUCCAACACUGCACCAUUUCCCAGUAUCAUUUCUAUAUAGUCUACUUGCUUGGGUUUAUGUCCUCUCAAGUAUAUGAUGCAUCCCUCCAUGCUCUUAAUCUAUACGUCAACAGACGUCCAUCGAUGAAGUUAUGGAGAGUAAUUCUGAUGAAUAUCCUUUUCGGUAUGCUUAUCUUCAACGCAUUCGUUGUAGAUCAUGACGAGUUCCUUGUGUAUGAGGACGACGAUGAUAUUUGGUACCUUGGGUCUUCUACUCAAUGUGUCUGGAACAACUUCAUCGGCACGAGUCAUUACCGAUCUUCGCUCUUAGACCUCAUCCUAUCGUUAAUUGUAUUGAUCUGGGCCUACCUUGGGGACAUGCAACUGUUCUAUCCUCACAUAUUCAAGCCCCUCGACUGGUUUAUUCGAGUCAUUCAAACACCAUUAUUAGGUCUUCUUAGGUUUCACGACUACAUCAGCGAACGGAUGUCCGGAGCGGAACCUCCUUCCAUUGGAGCGCACCGAGUCGACACGGAGACGAACCCCGGGGCGACGUGUUCCAUGAAUUCGUUUCCUCGGAAACUAUCUCAUAUUCCCUUACUCAUAAUCCAAUUUUCCAUAUGGUUCUUACUCCUCCCGAGCUUUACCUUGAUAGAAAUUCUGACGUCGCGUAUCGUCGACCUUUGGAGAAUAUAUUCGGCGUUAUUAUGGGCAACAAUCUCAGUUAUAAAACUCGGGAAAUAUGCCAGCUCCCAUCAAUCGAUUCAGGGUGACGAAAGCGGAUGGGGGUUUGGCCAAAUCCUCCCCUUACUUCUACUACUCCUACCGGCGACGUCGGUACUAGAGAUAUACCAAGGCGAGUAG